AUGAAAAUUUUUAGUAUAAUUUUCUUUUUUUUGCUUUUAUUUUUUAUAAAUUUAUUUUUCGUAAAAUCGCGUUUUAAAAAUGACGAAAGUUUCAACGUCCCUUUAAACGUGUUAUUUAAUAAGGGGAAAAAUAUUAGAAAAAGACUGUGCAAUGAAUGCUUUUAUAAAAAUGAAGUCAAUUUAAUAUAUAAUAGCUGUAGAGCUUUUGAAAAUGUAAAUUACAACAAUUUUAAUGGAUCAAAAAUUUUGUAUUUUAUUAGAGAUUCACCAAAAAUGUUAAAGAGAUAUGUUAUUGUAAAAUCGAAAUAUCAAUUUUCCCAAUUAUUUUCCCCAAAAUUUUUAAGAAAAUUUUUCUUUCAAAAAAAAGCGUUAGUUGUAGAUGGAGUGUACUUAAUAAUAAAUACAUAUCUCAAGUACAACAUUGUGCGGAGUAUACUGGGUUUCUUUCAAACGCUUCUCCUGAGAUUCCUAGUGGUAUACAUUCUCCAGCUAUGCUCCUCAUUCCUGUUAUUCCACUACGUAAAUAUGAUUUCUCAAAAAACCCAAGCAUAUAUAUUACUAGUAAGUGGUUCAAAUUAUAUAUCUAGAGUUAUAGGUUUUUUUGAGUUAAAUUUAAUUAAUUAUUAUAUCAAUGUAUUUAGUGAAGUCGUUCAGAUAACACUUAUUAGAAUUCUUUUUAAUCAGUAUGAAGUUCAAUUAAUAAAGACAAUUUUAUAUAAUAGCUCGGAUUAUUUCAUAAACACAUCGUUAAAGAAUAAAUAUGAAAUAUUAUAUCAGUGCGCAAAAAAAUUUGUUAUUACUAGGAUUAACAAGUUAAGCCUGUUUACCUUUAACUACUUGCGCUACUUUGUUUUGACAAAUCUGUUUUUCAAGCUCUUCAACGGCACAUACAAUAAGUUUUCACCAAGCGAUGUGAAAAUGCCAGGUGUGUUCUCUGACUCACGUAAAAGUUUAGACAAAGAUAUGAAGUAUGCAACAAAAAGAGAAAUAGAAAUUUUGCGGAAUUAUUGCAAAGAAACAGGAUGUCAUACUUGUGGUGUAACAUGCCAUGAAAGAUUUAUAGGUGAUCAUCAACCACCUGUACAAGUCAUAAAAGAUAUGAUUCAAUAUUAUAAAAAGAAAAAAUGUCUAUUAUAUUUUUUAAAAUUGUUUAAAUUAUACGAUACAAAACAACGUUUAUAUCCUCAAUGUGUACGUUGUUCUCAAUUGCAAUCUGCAUCAGUUCGAUGUAAAAAACUUAGGCUAAUACCGCAUUAUAACACAAUUCGGUUCUUUCAUUUUUCCACCAUUUUUCAUUUAUUUCUUAAAAUGAUUUUACUCACUAAAUGGAAGCAAAUAAUAUUUUGGGAUGGGGAUAACGUGAGGUAA